CAAAAGCAUUAUUAUUCUUUCUAAAACUCAAAUAUGGCUAAUAAGUCUCUCUUUCUGUCCCUCCUAAUCCUAGCAAUAUCUCCUUUAUGCUUCUCGGAGAAAUCCCAAGGUGGAAAUCUCUACCCACAAUUCUAUGACCAUUCUUGUCCAAAACUUGAAGAUAUUGUUUGGUCUGUUCUUGCCAAAGUGGUUGCCAAAGAACCAAGAAUGGCUGCCUCCUUGCUUAGGCUCCAUUUCCAUGAUUGUUUUGUCAAGGGUUGUGAUGGUGGGGUUCUACUAGACAGCAGUGGUUCUAUAGUAAGCGAGAAGAGGUCGAACCCAAACAGGAAUUCGGCUCGAGGGUUCGAGGUCAUUGAUGAGAUCAAGGCUGCAGUGGAGAAAGCAUGCCCUGAGACUGUGUCUUGUGCUGAUAUCUUGGCUUUAACUGCUAGAGACUCUACUCUUCUUGUUGGAGGACCAAACUGGGAGGUACCACUAGGGAGAAGGGACUCUCUAGAUGCUAGUUUGAGUGGCUCAAACUACAACAUUCCUGCUCCUAACAACACAUUUCAAACCAUUCUUACCAAAUUCAAGCUUAAGGGGCUUGAUCUAGUUGACCUUGUCGCGCUUUCUGGGAGUCACACAAUAGGGGAUGCAAGGUGCACAAGCUUCAGGCAAAGGCUAUACAACCAGAGCGGAAACGGACAACCCGACAAAACCCUAAACCCGGCCAUGGCAGCUGUGUUGCGCAACCGUUGCCCACGGUCUGGUGGUGACCAGAACUUGUUUAACUUAGACCAUGUUACCCCUUUCAAGUUUGACAACAGUUACUACAAGAACUUGCUGGCUAACAAGGGCCUUUUGAGUUCUGAUGAAAUUCUGGUGUCCCAAAAUGCAGAUUCUAUGAAACUAGUGAAACAAUAUGCAGAGAACAAUCAUCUUUUCUUCCAACAUUUUACACAAUCCAUGGUUAAGAUGGGAAACAUUGCUCCAUUGACUGGUUCAAGGGGUGAAAUCAGAAGAGUUUGCAGAAGAGUUAAUCACUGAAGUUUGGCAUAAAUUAUUUUAAAUGUUGUGUAUGAGUUCUUCUAUCUUUUUGGGUAAAAGUAUCUAUAUUUAUGUUGAUUAAUGUGUUUGUGUGAUAGGAGUAUGUAUGUUUUUGUGACUAGUGAGAGAAUUAUUUGUGCAUCUUCUCUAUCAAUAAACAUUGUUCGUUAAUGA